GUCGAAGGAUGAGAGGUGAGGGGUCACAGCGUGCGAAGCGGCUGUAGCCGGUGAGUUGCAAAAGAGUGGUUGGCCUGUUAGCUGCUGACCGGUGAACUACAGAACAGCAGAAACGGAGAGUGGCAGGGCACUUAGUGGAACACGGCGGCAGAACGACAUACACACCGGCAGAGAUGUCAUAUUGCAAACAGGAAGGUAAAGACCGCAUCAUUUUUGUUACUAAAGAGGACCACGAAGCGCCAAGUAACGCUGAGCUAAUCGCAGACGACCCAAACGACCCUUAUGAGGAACAAGGUCUGAUCCUGCCCAGUGGAGAGAUAAACUGGAACUGCCCGUGCCUGGGCGGUAUGGCCAGUGGGCCAUGUGGGGAACCAUUCAAGGCAGCCUUUUCUUGCUUCCACUACAGCACGGAGGAGGUGAAGGGGUCAGACUGUGUGGACAAGUUCCGAAGCAUGCAGGAGUGCAUGCAGCGGUAUCCUGAGCUUUACCCCCAGGAGGACGACAAUGACAACACCCCGCAGGGUGAGAGCGGAGCAGCCGAAGCUGCCACCCCUGGCACUGGAGACUCUGACCCUGCCCCUACACCUGAUUCUACCCCUGUUUCAGGAGAUGCAUCCCAGACACAACGUCCGACCGCCAGCUAAUACCGAACACAACCAGUUGGUAUUGGCUAUCCUCUCCUUUGCCUUCCUCCUUGCAAUCAGACUCAAUUUUCUGAGUACAGGUAGAUUCUUAUCUAUGUGUUUGAGGACACUGACUGUGGGCUUAUAUUCUGGGUGCAGUCAUAUUCCAGAAAACCCUAAAACCCUGGAAGAGUCUUUUGAUUCUCUUUCUCUAGAAGGGAGCCUUAAACAUGGCCAUGGGGAAAAAGGAAACAAAAUGCAGAAUCCAACAGACAAGGCUUUCUGAAGUCGCUCUGCACCUGAGGUUCCCAGUAGGAUGGGGUGGCUAGAAGGGAGAAAGGGAAGUGUGAAGCUGAUUUAGGGAAAUAAACUAAAAUGCUCCAGUCCAGUUGAUUUUGGUCCCAUUUAUGUCGGUUUCCUUGACGCUUCUGGUCAGCAAAGUUCUCUGCCACUUUUAGCACAGUGUUCACUGGAGUUGUGUAACCUGUUAUCCAUUUUAUUAAUCAGUCACGGUACCCUUUCCUUCCCAUUGUGUUGAUGACACAACUGUGACUGUCACUGUGUCAUAGGAAGUUCCCUUGUGAAACUAGAACUUUAGGUAUAGAAUUCACCUGUCACUGUGACCUGUAAGUUAAAGGUGUCCAGCUGUCUAAUGCCAUUUGUGCUUGUCAUGCUGAGCUUGAAAUGUAGUCUCAUUUUCUGACCCCUGAAAUACAGAGGACAGGUGCAGCUUCACUGGGAUCAAUGGAACAAGCAAAAUCCGCAGUGGAGUCUCUGUUAAGACUGUGGGAAAACCUCAAAAUUGGUGCACAUGCAUGCACCAGGUACCCUUCACUUCCAGCACAGAAGAAACAGAAGCAACUCUAUGCAAACCUACCCUUCACUCAAGAUGUCAGCUGUGGUGGUUGACAGUGUCACCUUUUGUGGUCCAGGGGUAGUGAGGGUGCUCUGUACUCAUUAGUUACUAAAGCUACCGAAAAGGAGAAAGGAGCCUCUGAACAAUCAGUGAUGUCUGAAUCACUGUUUUUGUUUUAUCAUUUCAUCUGAAGCCUUAAUGGUCUGUCAUUGUCUGAAUCUGUCUGUCCUCGAUUAAUUAAACUGAUAGCUCACACACUC